UUGGAAUUCGCCCAAAACUGUUAUCAAUCCACAGUUCAACCACACUUCUCGUCGAAUUUCCGUUGGUGUUCCAAUUGUUUGUGCAAAUCGAGAAUUGAGUCCAAAAAAGUGGGUUCACAUUUUUCAGAAGCUGAAAAAGUUCAAAAUCUGCCAGAAUUUUGUAUAGACACAACACACAAGCGAGAGACGCAGACAGCAACUUUUUUUUUCUAAAUUCUAAAAAGUUCGAUUCAGACACCUUCAAAAAUAGGUCCGAGUCUAUAAUAAAUAAAAAAAACCCGUGUGUUUUUGAAAAUACGCAAAUCUGUUUUUUACAGCCGCCGCCAAAUCAUACACUAUUCAAUAUGCCGCCGAAAUCAAUUAGAGGAAAAGUUAAUGAAAGAGCCACGUCAUCAAAUGUCAAUAAUCCUGCAAUUCCUGGUGUUGAAGAAGAAGAUGACGAUGUGACGUUUUUAUGCGAAAUCGAGAAGCCCAAAAUAUCCGACAAAAAUAAGGUAAUUUUUAUUUUUUGGUUGAAAAUCUGAAAACAAAAGAAAAUUUGUUCAAGAUUUUUUCAGUUUUUCAAAAUCUAAUUAGUAGCUCCAAAAAAAAUGAUUUUUUGCCACAUUUUUGAACAAAAACAAAUUUUUUAUUCGACUUUGUUCAUGAAAAAAUAGAUAAAAAAUGCUGAUGAAUGAUAAUUUUAAUUUUAGGAAGAAGAAAGCAACAAAGAUGAGUCAGAAUCAGAUGAGGAAGAAGAGGAAUCGGAGGAUAAUGAUGAGGAAGAUGAGCAAGAAACAAGUGAGGAUGAAAAAGAAAAAGAGAAUGAAGAAAAUACGGAGGAGAGUUCAAAGGAUUCUUCAAUUCAAAUUGUCGAGUUGGAGGAUGAUACAACAGAAGAUGUGAAAGAAAACGAGGAAGAAAAUAGUAUUGAAAUUGAGGAAAGAGAGGAAGAGGCUGAUGUGAGUUUUUAAUUCAAAUCUAAUCGCAAAAAUUAAAUUUUUUAAACUGAUGGAUGUUUCUUAAAAAAAAUAAACACGUAAAAAAAAAUUUUGUCCCAAAAAUUAAAUGUUGAGAAAAAGUGACACCGUUAAUUUUGGAAUCCUGACACAAAGAUUCUUGGAAAUUAAAUACAAUGUUCAAUUCAAAUUCCCCCUGAAAUUUCAAUAAGAAUAAUUGUUCGAUUUCAAUUUUCAGGUUCCAACGACAAGUAGAAAAAGAAAGAGAUCUUCUUCUGUUGAAUUUCUCGGAUUCUUUCCAUCAAGCUCGUCGAAUUCUUCCACAAUGGCGCCAAAAAAGGCGAGAAAAGGUGAAACUGAAAAUGAAAAUCCGGUUGAUGCUCGAGGACAUCAAGAAGUAGAGGAAUUGGAUUCCGAUGGCGAUGAAGGGGAGGAAGAUGAAGAGGAUAAUGCCGAAUUUGUUAAGGUUAGUUAUUCUGAAGUGAAUUGUUUCCAUGAAAAAUUUGAAUUUUUUAGACUUUCCUGAAGAGGCAAUUUGCCCAAUGUCCGUAUGUAUUCCGAAAUCUCCGACACGUAUCCGAGCUGCUGGUCAGUUUUUUUUUGAAUUCAAUUUGUUUCAUAAAAAAAUAUAAAUCAUUUCAGGAUUAUGUGAUUUGUUAUUUGAAAAAAGACAAAGAACUUUACUAUAAAGUAACACACAAUGUUGAAGAUCUUAUCGAUUGGUACAACACAGAAUUCCUUGUUGGCUACAAAAAUUGGAUUAGCUUCAUCAAUGAUCCGGAAUUUUCAGGAAUCGAAAAUAUGACUGCGAAUAAAUACAAUCUUGAAUACCAAGGUAAGCAUCGGCGGAAUGAUUUUUGCAACAUUCAAAUUUUUUUCAGUGAAUGGUUCCAUCGUCGAACAACCAGUAGAUGCUCAUCCAGUGAUUUUUCCAACACAUGUUAGACAGCGACUCGUCGCAAAAAUUCGUGAAGAACACGAAACAAGGGAAAAUCGGCGAUUGGAAGAGGAAAGAUUGGUUAGUUCUAACCAGGGGGGAUGGUUUCUAGAAUUUUUUCAAAAAUUACUCGACAUUUUUUCUAUCACAUUUCGAUUCAGUAGUUCAUUCUGAAAAUAAACUGCAAUUUGAAUUCUCAGAAAUUCACAAGCUUUUUGAAAUUUCGCUGAACACCCAAAGUUCACAAUCUACAAAGAAUCCAAAUAUUUUAUAACUCUAAUAUUUUCAGAUGUUCCAUAGAUUCUAUGAACAUCAAAGACAAAUGUUCAUCGAGCAAUUAAGAAGAAGCCGCGAAAGAUGGGAGCAAUAUAUGCAAGGUCGCCGUUUCUAA